UAGACACUUUUGAAAGGGUAGCAGUCAAGGCAGCUAAAAGGGAAUACAACAAGUUUGCUUGGAAAGAGGCCGCUGCUCUAAAAGAACUGAGUGUUCUGGAUAGGGAUCGGUGCAAUUUGGUAAAGCACUACGAAGUUUUCGAGUACAAACAUCGCACCUUCAUUUCAAUGGAAAUGCUAGACAUUAGUCUGCAUGAUUUCGUGACUAAAAGGUCUCGCGGUCCACUGGAUCUCUGUGAUAUUCGGGUCAUUUUAAAGCAGAUGUUUGUGGCUCUUACCGCUCUGAAGAGCAGAGGUAUGAUGCAUGCAGACAUCAAACCUGAUAAUAUCAUGCUUGUAAAUCAGUCUCAACAGCCAUAUAAAGUUAAACUUAUUGAUUUUGGUGUUGCCACAAGUCCUGCAAAAAUUCCACCUGGCACUAUUAUUCAGGCCCUUAGUUACAGGGCCCCUGAGGUCAUGUUGGGCAUACCGGUGACUGAAUCGGCAGACAUGUGGACUCUCGGUUGUGUCGCAGCUUUUCUAUACUUGGGCCACCACCUGUUUUUCAACAGGUGUGAAUAUCAAAUGAUGCAAGGUUUUGUUCACAUGCUUGGUCAGCCUAGUAAACGCAUGUUACAGGAAGGGAAGUACAGUACGAAAUAUUUCUGCAUGAGGAAAGGGAUAAUAGAACACACAUGGGUACUGAAGACACCAGCUCAGUAUUCAGCAUCUACAGGCACUGUGAUCAAACAAAGUACAACAAUCACAGACAAAUAUGCAUGCAUAGAUGAUUUAGCCAAACACCACCCACAGCCAAACACAGAAUCCAAAGUGAAAGACACAGCGGCAUUUUUAAGCCUGCUCAAAUGGAUGCUGUGUGUGGAUCCUGUAAAAAGAAUCACACCUGUUGAGGGUCUGGGACAUCGUUUCAUUACAAUGAAACAUCUUCCUGAGGACCCUGCAGUAGAUUGCUACACCAAGUCAUCCUGCACGAGCAUGGAAGUGUGCCCACUCCUCAGUCUAGAAAAUGAAA